GAGAGGAGUCGGCUACUUGGUGUGUCGCGUGCGCCGGUUUGCGAGCCUCCCGGUGGCGAUCCCCGCGUGUUAGCGCCGCCGUCCAGUUGCCAAGAGCCCCAGAUGUGGCUGCAGCCGGAGCUGGGCUCGCCCCCCGCGUGAACGCUCCAGCAGCCGAGCCUGGGCGCCCGAGAAGGCGGCAGCCGCGCGGGACAGACAACCACCCAUCGCCUGGCAGCGGUCCUCGCGGGAGUCAAUGCGCUGCCCGGCAGCGUCGCCUCUUUGCAGCGUCGCAAGGUGAAGCGAGCCCUGGAGGGAGAUCGGAGCGUCCGGCGUCGGCGGCGAGGCCGAGCGGGAGGAGUUAAAUGGAUCGCCACUCCAGCUUCCUCUUCAUCUGGCUGCAACUGGAGCUGUGCGCCAUGGCCAUCCUGCUGACGAAAGGUGAAAUUCGAUGCUACUGUGAUGCUGCGCACUGUGUUGCGACAGGUUAUAUGUGCAAAUCUGAGCUCAACGCAUGCUUCUCCAGACUGCUUGACCCACAGAACACACAUUCUCCACUCACACAUGGCUGCUUGGACUCUCUUGCAAGCACAUCAGACAUCUGUCAUGCCAACCCAGCACAAAACCACUCUGGCACCACCAUACCCACGUUGGAGUGUUGUCAUGAAGACAUGUGCAAUUACAGAGGGCUUUAUGAUGUUUUAUCUCCUUCCAGAGGAGAGCCUUUGGGACAGGGGAGCAAAUACCAGCAUGAUAACAGCAGAAACCUCAUAACGAAGGUUCAGGAGCUGACCUCCUCCAAAGAACUGUGGUUCAGGGCGGCUGUGAUUGCUGUCCCCAUCGCUGGCGGACUCAUCUUGGUGCUCCUCAUCAUGCUAGCGCUGCGAAUGCUCAGGAGCGAAAACAAAAGGUUGCAAGACCAGCGGCAGCAGAUGCUCUCCCGCUUGCACUACAGCUUCCAUGGACAUCACUCCAAAAAAGGACAGGUGGCGAAAUUAGACUUGGAAUGCAUGGUGCCCGUCACGGGCCAUGAGAACUGCUGCAUGACCUGCGAUAAACUGCGACAGCCGGAUCUCAGCAACGACAAAAUACUCUCGCUCGUUCACUGGGGGAUGUACGGCGGGCAUGGAAAGCUGGAGUUUGUGUGAUCACUUCUUUGGCUUUUAUAUCAUUCUCUCUAUAUCUAUUUUUAAAUUUUUGUUUUUAAAAAUUACUAGGAAAACUUUUCAAAGGCCUUUUGGUUCUGCUGGACAGGAGCACUUUAUACGUGGAAAAGCCUACACUCAUUAAUCAUCUUUAAGAAACUAAAAGGACCUCUGCAGGGAGAACCUUGGAUAUGUCUUCUGAAGGAUUCCAGACUUUAAUCUUAUUUGCACAGAGUAAAUACACUCAAAAUGUAUUGUUUGCUUUAAAAUUAUGAAAGCAAAAUUGAGAAGUUACACACACUGUUAACCAGGGUUGUCUGAGCUGUAGGGAGACGGGAACUGAGUUAUACUAUUAAACUGUAUGCAAGUUCUGAUGUAAAGAUUUUUUAAAAAAAUAUAUUUUGUCUGAACCAG